GGGGGAGAGAGAGGAAGAAAAGCUCCAAACGUUUCCUCUCUCUCCUCCCCACCCCCACCCCCCCUUUAAAUAGAUCAGAAUAAAGUUUUAAAGAAGAAGAACAGCCUGGAGCUUCCCAGCGGCUGGAAGGAGAGAAAGUUGGGUCUGGCAGCAGUUCCAGUAGAGAAGAAGCUGGUGAUACCGCCUUAGUGAAAAAAUGGGACAAGAAAUACUUCGCACAGCCACCAAGUGACUGACUGAUAUUUGUAAAGCUAUUUGAAGAUCAACAUUUCUAGGCCCUCAGUCCGGUGCAAAGCUGGGAGCAUAGGUAAAGAAUGAUGUAAUGCAGUGGCAGCCCAAAAGCAUCUUUUGUUUGAAUUGUGAAAUGGCUACUCCAUAGUCGUCUCCUGAUGAAUCAGAUGUGAGGGGCUGCUUUGUGGAAUGAGUCCUUUGUAACAGCGCAUCAACUGGAAGCAGAAGGAGACAUUCACUUGGAGGGCUCUUUCUGAAAAUGGGUUUAACUUUUCUUUUGCCAGUCACUACCAGCAUGACCUCAUACACUUUCAGUACAAUGGAGUGGCUAAGCCUUUGAGUACAUAGCCAUUACAUCAUCUCUGCAAAUUAGAGAGGGAGGUGGUAAAAGAGGCCUUAUUGUUGUCAUGGCUGAUGAGAUGAUCAGGACUCAACUCAUGGUUGCUGAGAGGUUGGUGGCUUUACUGGAAAGUGGCACAGAAAAAUUGCUACUGAUUGAUAGCCGUCCCUUUGUGGAAUACAAUACAUCCCACAUCUUGGAUGCUAUCAAUAUCAACUGCUCCAAGCUUAUGAAGCGGAGGCUGCAGCAGGACAAAGUGUUGAUUACAGAACUCAUUCAGCAUUCAGCAAAACACAAGAUUGAGAUUGAUUGCAAGCAGGAGGUGGUGGUAUAUGAUCAAAGUUCCAAGGAUGUUGCCUCUCUCUCAUCUGAAUGCUUUCUUACUGUACUACUGGGCAAGUUGGAGAACAAUUUCAACUCUGUACACCUGCUUUCAGGUGGGUUUGCUGAAUUCUCCGGCUGCUUCCCUGGCCUCUGUGAAGGAAAAUCUGUUCUAGUCCCUACUUGUAUUUCUCAACCUUGCUUACCUGUCUCCAACAUUGGUCCAACCAGAAUCCUGCCUCAUCUUUACCUUGGUUGCCAGCGAGAUGUCCUCAACAAGGAGCUGAUGCAGCAGAAUGCUAUUGGUUAUGUAUUAAAUGCAAGCAAUACCUGUCCAAAGCCUGACUUUAUCCCAGAGUCUCAUUUCUUGAGAGUUCCUGUGAAUGACAGCUUCUGCGAGAAAAUUUUGCCUUGGUUAGACAAAUCAGUUGAUUUUAUUGAGAAAGCAAAAGCCUCAAAUGGGCGAGUUUUAGUGCACUGUUUAGCAGGGAUCUCCCGCUCCGCCACAAUUGCAAUUGCAUACAUCAUGAAGAGAAUGGAUAUGUCCCUUGAUGAAGCCUACAGAUUUGUGAAAGAAAAAAGGGCAACAAUUUCUCCCAACUUCAAUUUCCUGGGCCAGCUUCUGGAUUUUGAGAAGAAGAUUAAGAACCAGACUGGGCAGCCUGGACCAAUUAGCAAGCUGAAACGUUUGCAUUUGGAAAAAAGCAGUGAGCAUGGACUGGUCCCUGAAAGUGGACAGAGCAGUGGCCUCUCCACUAAUCAGCUUGGCACUAACUCUACCUCCGAGCCUGUGGAGCAGAAGCCAAUGGACUCUGGAAGUCUGCCAUGCUCGCACUUGCCAGCAUUAGAGGAUAGCCCGCUGGUACAGGGCAUAAACGGACUCCAUGUGUCCUCUGACAAGGUAGAAGAUAGCAACAGACUGAAGCGCUCAUUUUCUUUGGAUAUCAAAUCCGUAUCCUACUCAGCAAGCAGCAGCUGUGUGACUGCAUCGGUGCAGGGGUUUGCAGCGUCCGAGGACACUUUAAAGCAGUUGAAUGUUUGUAGUAUUCUAGAUGGCGGCAACAAGCUGUGUCAGUUCUCCCCUGUCCAGGAAGUUUCAGAACAGACGCCAGAGACCAGCCCCGAUAAAGAGGAGGCAAAUCCUCCUGAGAAACCUCAAAACGCCUGGCAGCUGGACAGCCAGAGCAAGCGGCAGCACAUGGGGAGAACCGGCAGCGGCAGCACAAUUCAAAGGUCACUGUUGUACCCGCUGCAUCGGAGUGGGAGCAUGGAAGACAACUACAGAACAAACUUCCUGUUUGGUCUUUCCACCAGUCAGCAACAUGUGGGAAAGUCUGCUGCUGGGCUGGGCCUCAAAGGCUGGCACUCUGACAUUUUAGCUCCUCAGACAUCCACCACAUCCCUUACCAACAGCUGGUAUUUUGCUACGGAAUCCUCACACUUCUACUCUGCUUCUGCAAUCUACGGGAGCAGCGCCACUUACUCUGCUUACAGCUGCAGCCAGUUGCCCACUGGCUGUGACCAGGCCGGCGCUGUGCGCAGGAGGCAGAAGCAGAGUGACAGAGGUGAUUCAAGGCGCAGCUGGCACGAGGAAAGCUCCUUUGAAAAGCAGUUUAAGCGAAGAAGCUGCCAGAUGGAAUUUGGGGAGAGCAUCAUGUCAGAAAACAGAUCCCGAGAGGAACUGGGGAAAGUGGGCAGCCAGUCUAGCUUUUCGGGCAGCAUGGAAAUCAUUGAGGUAUCCUGAGAAAUGGCAGACAAUUGUGACACUGUAGCUGGCUUAUUUUUCCCGUUGUUUAAAACAAUUCCCUGUAAAUCUGAAAUUAUUUUAAAAACUGGGGCUUCAGUGUGAAGGCAAUGAAUAGAUUUAUACCAGACAUGACAAACUAAUAUGUGCAUGGGGGAGAGCCGCUGUAUUUUUGUUUUUUCUCCCCCUCCCACUUAAGGUGGAAGGCCAGAUGUUUCAGAAGUUUUCCCUAACAGAUGAAGCAAUUAUAUGUGACAAAUUGCACAUCCUUUAAACGAAGCUUUCUUAGUGACUGACAGGCCAUCUCCCUGGUUCCACUGACACACAUUACUAAAAAUCACAAAAACAAAUUCUAGCGCCCCUCUUCAAAUCCUCCCUUCCCCCCGAAAUCAACAGUGCACCUUAGCCCUGAGACUGAGCCGACUUCUGGAGAGAGAUCCUUUUCCUUAAGGACAGAGACUAGUUAUGAAUCCAAACAAGUGGCGACUGAUCACAGCAGGGCUAAGCUAAAAACAAAGCUCAGACAAUGUAAAUAUUGAUGUAACUAUCAUUCUAAUGGACAGGUUUGAGGUGACUUGCCAGAAAGCUGCUUUAGAGCAAAAUCAUACCUCAAAAAAUAAAUAAAGCUUUCAUGGCUACCCACUCUCUGGUAGUCCGUUUGCAAGCAGUGUGAAUAGAUGACUGGCCACACAGUGAGACUGAUUAAAGCUGCCUACGCACAAGUUCCUCAGUUGGCUUAGAGACCAGUGGUAAAAUUUGAUCUUCUCAAAUGUGCUCACUCCCCAGUUCAUUUAAACACAAAACCAGACAGGGUUUUUUAGUGUGUGAUUAUGAAGUUGGCUUUUGAGGUGUGGAUCUGUCACCUCUAAACCUGAUACUAAAGGAAGAACUGAAUGCUGGUAGCAUGAAUGGUGGAUAAUAUUUAGGGCUACGUGCAAGAGAUAAGUGGCUGAGUGCAAGUAGCGCCAUCCCUUUGUCUACUGAAAAUUAAUUGGUGAGGAGAGAGCAGAUUUUUUUUUUUUUUUAAAGAAAAUUGGUAGGAGCCUUGGAUUUGUCCUCUAGAAAUGUAGUAACAGUGUGAGAAUUGCCCCAUCUGUGCUUUUCCCUUUUCCCAAAAGGGGAAGGCUUAGUCUCUACUUCCCACCUUUAAAAAAAAUAAAUAAAAGUAAUUGUUUCCACAUCCUUGCCCAAAUCUUGAGGAUUCGCACAUACCUAGGCAUGUACACAUCCCUUCUUUAAUCCUCAAACUUUGUCAGACCCACUAACUUCAGAUGAGAAGUGGAGCAGCCUGUUAAGAUCAAGCCUCCCUCAUUUAAGAGGGACAGAAGGGGUUCCACAUUAUUAUCCUUCAUGGGUUGGGGGUAGAAGAUGGCAUUUAAAGAAAUAAGAUUUAAAAAGAAAAAUCAAGACCAAGUGCUGGAGAUA